CAGUCUACUUUCGGUCCAGAGACCGUGCUGGAGUUCGCCCUGCCGGAAAGCAGCACGCCGCCGCGGCAUUUUACGACGUCGGCGGUGACAGGCCUUGGGACUCUGGGAAUACCCAGCUUCCUCCCCGCAGCCCGGUGAAAGCCAACGCAAUGUUCGGUGCGGGGGACGAGGACGACACCGAUUUCCUCUCGCCGAGCGGCGGUGCCAGAUUGGCCUCACUUUUUGGACUGGAUCAGGCAGCUGCUGGCCAUGGAAAUGAAUUUUUCCAGUACACAGCCCCAAAACAGCCUAAGAAAGGCCAGGGAACGGCAGCAACAGGAAAUCAGGCAACACCAAAAACAGCACCAGCCACCAUGAGCACUCCCACAAUACUGGUCGCAACAGCAGUCCAUGCAUAUCGAUACACAAAUGGUCAAUAUGUAAAGCAGGGCAAAUUUGGUGCUGCAGUUCUGGGGAACCACACAGCCAGAGAGUAUAGGAUUCUUCUUUAUAUCAGUCAACAACAGCCAGUUACGGUUGCUAGGAUUCAUGUGAACUUUGAGCUAAUGGUUCGGCCCAAUAACUAUAGCACCUUUUAUGAUGACCAGAGACAGAACUGGUCCAUCAUGUUUGAGUCGGAAAAGGCUGCUGUGGAGUUCAAUAAGCAGGUGUGCAUUGCUAAGUGCAACAGUACCUCUUCCCUGGAUGCAGUGCUCUCCCAGGACCUCAUUGUGGCAGACGGCCCUGCUGUAGAAGUUGGAGAUUCUUUGGAAGUGGCCUAUACCGGCUGGCUCUUUCAGAAUCAUGUGCUGGGCCAGGUUUUCGACUCCACUGCUAACAAAGAUAAGUUGCUUCGCUUGAAGUUAGGAUCAGGAAAAGUCAUCAAGGGCUGGGAGGAUGGAAUGCUGGGCAUGAAAAAAGGAGGAAAGCGAUUGCUUAUUGUCCCUCCAGCCUGUGCUGUUGGCUCAGAAGGGGUAAUAGGCUGGACUCAAGCAACGGACUCGAUCCUGGUGUUCGAGGUGGAGGUUAGGCGGGUGAAGUUUGCCAGAGAUUCUGGCUCUGAUGGUCACAGUGUUAGUUCCCGCGAUUCUGCAGCUCCAUCUCCCAUCCCUGGUGCUGACAACCUCUCUGCUGAUCCUGUUGUGUCACCACCCACAUCAAUACCUUUCAAAUCAGGGGAGCCAGCUCUUCGUACCAAAUCUAACUCCCUCAGUGAACAACUUGCAAUAAAUACAAGUCCCGAUGCAGUCAAAGCCAAGUUGAUCUCUCGGAUGGCUAAAAUGGGCCAGCCCAUGCUGCCCAUCCUUCCACCACAGCUGGAUUCCAAUGAUUCAGAAAUCGAAGAUGUGAACGCUCUGCGAGGAGGUGGGCAGCCUGUGGUGACUCCGUCCGUCCAGCCCUCUCUUCAGCCGGCCCAUCCAGCGUUACCACAGAUGACCUCACAGGCACCUCAGCCAUCUGUUUCUGGGCUCCAGGCACCUUCUGCUGCCUUAAUGCAAGUUUCAUCUCUCGAUUCCCACUCAGCUGUAUCUGGAAAUGCCCAAUCCUUUCAGCCCUAUGCAGGUAUGCAAGCCUACGCUUAUCCCCAGGCAUCUGCCGUCACCUCCCAGCUGCAGCCCGUUCGGCCUUUGUACCCAGCACCGCUCUCUCAGCCUCCCCAUUUCCAAGGAUCAGGUGAUAUGGCUUCAUUUCUCAUGACUGAAGCCCGGCAACAUAACACUGAAAUUCGAAUGGCAGUCAGCAAAGUGGCUGAUAAAAUGGAUCAUCUCAUCACUAAGGUUGAAGAGUUACAGAAACAUAGUGCUGGCAAUUCCAUGCUUAUUCCUAGCAUGUCAGUUACAAUGGAAACAAGCAUGAUUAUGAGCAACAUCCAGCGAAUCAUUCAGGAAAAUGAAAGAUUGAAGCAAGAGAUCCUUGAAAAGAGCAAUCGGAUAGAAGAACAGAAUGACAAGAUUAGUGAACUAAUUGAACGAAAUCAGAGGUAUGUUGAGCAGAGUAACCUGAUGAUGGAGAAGAGGAACAACUCACUUCAGACAGCCACAGAAAACACACAGGCAAGAGUAUUGCAUGCUGAACAAGAGAAGGCCAAGGUGACAGAGGAGUUAGCAGCGGCCACUGCACAGGUCUCUCAUCUGCAGCUGAAAAUGACUGCUCACCAAAAAAAGGAAACAGAGCUGCAGAUGCAGCUGACAGAAAGCCUGAAGGAGACAGAUCUUCUCAGGGGCCAGCUCACCAAAGUGCAGGCAAAGCUCUCAGAGCUCCAAGAAACCUCUGAGCAAGCACAGUCCAAAUUCAAAAGUGAAAAGCAGAGCCGGAAACAACUGGAACUCAAGGUGACAUCCCUGGAGGAGGAACUGACUGACCUUCGAGUUGAGAAGGAGUCCUUGGAAAAGAACCUCUCAGAAAGGAAAAAGAAGUCAGCUCAAGAGCGUUCUCAGGCCGAGGAGGAGAUAGAUGAAAUUCGCAAGUCAUACCAGGAGGAAUUGGACAAACUUCGACAGCUCUUGAAAAAGACUCGAGUGUCCACAGACCAAGCAGCUGCAGAGCAGCUGUCUUUAGUACAGGCUGAGCUACAGACCCAGUGGGAAGCAAAAUGUGAACAUUUGUUGGCCUCCGCCAAGGAUGAGCACCUGCAGCAGUACCAGGAGGUGUGCGCACAGAGAGACGCCUACCAGCAGAAGCUGGUACAACUUCAGGAAAAGUGUUUAGCCCUCCAGGCCCAAAUCACAGCUCUCACCAAGCAAAAUGAACAGCACAUCAAGGAACUAGAGAAGAACAAGUCCCAGAUGUCUGGGGUUGAAGCUGCUGCAUCUGACCCCUCAGAGAAGGUCAAGAAGAUCAUGAACCAGGUGUUCCAGUCCUUACGGAGAGAGUUUGAGCUGGAGGAAUCUUACAAUGGCAGGACCAUUCUGGGAACCAUCAUGAAUACGAUCAAGAUGGUGACUCUUCAGCUGUUAAACCAACAGGAGCAAGAGAAGGAAGAGAGCAGCAGUGAAGAAGAAGAAGAAAAAGCAGAAGAGCGGCCACGAAGACCUUCCCAGGAGCAGUCAGCCUCAGCCAGUUCUGGGCAGCCUCAAGCACCCCUGAAUAGGGACAGGCCAGAGUCCCCCAUGGUGCCCUCAGAGCAGCUGGUCGAGGAAGCUGUCCCGUUGCCUCCUCAGGCCCUCACCACUUCCCAGGAUGGACACAGAAGGAAAGGGGACUCAGAAGCUGAGGCACUUUCAGAGAUAAAAGAUGGUUCCCUUCCACCCGAACUGUCUUGCAUCCCAUCCCACAGAGUUCUAGGGCCCCCGACUUCAAUUCCACCUGAGCCCCCAGGCCCUGUAUCCAUGGACUCUGAGUGUGAGGAGUCACUUGCUGCCAGCCCAAUGGCAGCUAAGCCCGACAACCCAUCAGGAAAGGUCUGUGUCAGGGAAGUAGCACCAGAUGGCCCACUACAAGAAAGCUCCACAAGACUGUCCCUGACUUCAGACCCCGAGGAGGGGGACCCACUGGCCUUAGGGCCUGAAAGCCCAGGAGAGCCUCAGCCUCCACAGCUCAAGAAAGAUGAUGUCACUAGCUCCACCGGUCCCCACAAGGAGCUGUCAAGCACAGAGGCAGGUUCCACAGUUGCAGGAGCAGCCCUCAGACCCAGCCAUCAUUCCCAGCGUUCCAGUCUCUCUGGGGAUGAAGAGGAUGAACUGUUUAAAGGGGCAACUCUGAAAGCUCUGAGGCCCAAAGCACAGCCUGAGGAGGAGGAUGAAGACGAGGUGGUAAGGAAAUCCCAGGCACUGUCAAGUCUUCACACACCCACCUGGGGGCUCUUCCCUACUGGCUCUGAGAAGAGAAAUGGAGCCUGUUGGUGGCCCACUCCCUGGACUCUGUGUGCAGGGCCCUGUGGGAGCAGGCUUGGGGCUGGGCUGGGAGGGCGCAGCUCUGUAAGCAGAGUAGGGGACGGUCACAUACCACUUUACUUUUGAGAAAGAAUCAUAGUCUCUGUCCAUGCAGGAAUUAGUCCCCUCAGAGGAAGAAAGCUGAGCUGCUUAGCCCCACAUUGGAAUGCUGAAGCCUUAGUUUUCCCCAAAUCUGCUAGGAUAUUAUUUAUAUUUUAGAAUUGGAAAGGACUUUGAAGAUCAUCUUGCCUGGCAUCCUUAUUCAUAGAUAAAAAACCUGAGGCUCAAAAUGAUGAUUUACCCAAAGCCACAGAGUGAGUUAAUGGCAAAGCUAGGACUAAUCCCCAGGCUCCUGUAAAGACCUCCCGUUCCUGAGCAUUUUCCACUUACUCAGCCUGCUUUCCUGCUGCCUUGUUUUGUCAUCACAAUAUCCCUGGGCACAAAAUGGGUUCAGUAUUAAUAGCAUAGCUUCACAGAACAAGAGUGAAGACCAGGAGAGGAGGGCACCGAUAGGGACUGAAUUAGAACCCCGGUUCUCGCCUCUGCUGUUCCCCACUGUGCUCCGUUACAACCGUUCUGGCUGUCCCUAGGCCAUUUUGACUGCUCUGAAAUGCAUAUGGAGAACACAGGUGGGCUUCAGGCUCAGUCCAUCUAAAGGACAGAAAUAUGAGGGUGAAUGGGGCAAAUUUUGUCCCCUCAUGUAUCAGCCAAAGUGGAUUUUGCCUUUUGCCAAAACCUUGAGCAGAGAGCUGUGAUGGAUCUACGCUCCAGCUUGUAUGUAUCGGAGCCCUUCCCUCUUGCCUGUGUUCCUUUGGGGAAUGUACCAGUUCCUUCCAUUAGCCUUUCUUCUCAAGAGUUAAAUUUUCAUUUGAGAAUCCAGAAUAGCAAUUUUGCCCUUAAAAAAAGGAAAAAAGGGGGAAAAACCAAAUUGAGUAUAUUCUAAGUGACUGCCCUAAAUAUAGUUGGAAGCUUUUAAUUAGUGAGCAUAUUAUUGGUAUUAGUACCAAUACUGUCAAGUUAACAUGUAUUUCUUGGGUACUCUGAAAACGACUUCACAAAUGUUGUCAUUUAAUCUACUAAUCCAAUGAGGUAGGUACUUUUAUCCCAUUUUAUAUAUCAGAGGGCUGAGGCUCAGGAAGAUUAAGUAAUUUAACUAAGCUUAUAUAGCUAGUAAAUGUAGAGCCAGAACUUUAGUCAGGACAAAACAGAAGCUGUGAGCCACACUUGAAAAUCCUAUACUGUCAGAGUUAGAGAUCACGUCAUUGAUGUCCAGAGAGAAGUACGAAGUCUGGUUAAUUGGUAGUGACAUGGGAUUAGCCCAGAGACUUGUAUACACAUCACGCUGCCUUCCCUUUUGCCUGGCCCUGUGAAGAUGGAUUCUGGUUGGCAGUUGCUCACCAGAGCAGAGAAUGCCUUAGUAGAGACUAUUCAGUUCGUGCCUGUCUCUAGCAUCAAUCCCUGCUAGCCGGGUAGGUCCUGUUCCCUUGCCAAGCCAGAGGAGAAAGGCCAGGAGCUCAAGUUGUGAAAAGAGAGGGCCUCUCAUGGCCCAUCAGUCCCUUUCACCCCCACUACCUUAGCUGGAAGGAGCGAGGGUGGUGCCAGUCAGGCUAGAGGUGUGGGAGGCUGUGGCCCCGUGUUCUUCACCUCUUAGGAUUCUCCAGUUGGCCAAGCCUCCAAAUUCAACUCUUUUUCAAAUGAUGGGAUCACACCCAGAGCCAGUCAGGCCACCUUAGGCCACAACGACAGUAUUUUUCCAUAUGUGAUUGUCUUCUUCCCAACCUCCCUUCUUCCCACUUCCUCUCGCUCUCUCAGGGCUGCUUUGCUUCUGUUUCUUUCUCCUGCUCCAGUGUUUCCUCUUUGACCCUUCUUUCUCCACACAAAAUGUGUAAGUUACUGCAUGAGAGGAAAAUCUGUCAAAUCAGUACAUGUGCUUCAUAAAUAAAUGAUGAGAUUAGCCAAACAAAGUUCGUCUUUUGUCUCUGUUGAAAGAUUGCCUCCCUUCUCUGCCUGCUGGUCUCAGCUUUAUGUGGAAGCCUAGGUUUGCUGGCCUCAGAGUUGGCCCUGUCAGUACAACCUCCUUUCUGACCCAGAGCUGGGAACAGAAGUUGGAUUGCUUCCACUCACAGGU